UUCCUCCGACGCGGAUAGAGGUGGUGUCCCGGAUGUCGCCUGUGGAGCUGGGUCAGACCAACGACGUAGUAUGCAGAGUGUCGGGAGGGACGCCCUUGGCUCGGGUAGUGUGGCUGCAGGACGGUCAGGCGGUCGACUCCAACAGCACGACGGGUGAGGGUCACAUUGCCUACAAUGAUCUCGAGGUUCCUGCCACAAGGAGGGACCUCACUUCACCCUUCACCUGUCGGGCCUCCAAUAACGACGUCACCGCCCCUCUGAUUGCUACUUAUCAGCGGGAGGUUAAUUGUAAGUUGACCGUUAACC